AUGGCUACCACCACAGCCGCGGCGAUUCAAAGCGCCCGUCCACCCAUCCUCCCCAAGGACUUCUCCGCACUCCAGCCGGAGACUAUCCGCUUGUUUCCCUUAUCGAACUACACCUUUGGCACCAAGGAGACUCAGCCUGAGGAAGACCCUUCUGUGCUUGCCCGUCUGAAGCGGCUGGAGGAGCACUAUGAACUCCAUGGUAUGCGCCGGACCGCUGAGGGCAUCCUGGUCUGCCACGAGCACAACCACCCCCACGUUCUCAUGCUUCAGAUUGCCAACGCUUUCUUCAAGCUGCCUGGCGAUUACCUCCACCAUGAGGACGAUGAGAUCGACGGAUUCAAGAAGCGCCUGAACGAGCGUCUGGCCCCCGUGGGAUCACAAUUCUCCGGCGAGGGAGUCAAUAGCGACUGGGAUAUCGGCGACACACUUGCACAAUGGUGGCGCCCCAACUUCGAGACCUUCAUGUACCCAUUCCUGCCGGGCCAUGUGACACGUCCCAAGGAGUGCAAGAAGCUGUACUUGAUCCAGCUGCCCAAGAAGAAGGUCCUCUCCGUCCCCAAGAAUAUGAAGCUGCUCGCCGUCCCCCUCUUCGAGCUUUAUGACAACACUGCCCGCUACGGCCCCCAGCUCUCUGCCAUUCCCCACCUUCUUUCGCGAUACAACUUUGAGUUCGUCGACGAGAAUGACAAUGUUGUUGCUGUAACCCCCGGCGGUCCUGAUCAGCAAAUCCCCCGUGCCAGGGUCCUUGCUGGUGGUGAUGGGGCAGAGGAUACAGGCAUGCUUGAUGUUGAGGAGGGACAGAAGAUCGAAUCUCACCACUAG